GACAGUUUUUCCGCUACAUGGAUCAUCCGACCGAACCGGCUCGCAAAUGCUGACUCCGCGUGCACCCGUGGCUUACGCGGGCGUCGAAAUAAGCGUCAGCCUGCUUGCGACCGCCGGAAAUCUAGCCGUGCUCGUCUGCUUCACCCGGGAACGGCGUCUCCGACGUCGCCUCACCAACUACUACAUCCUCAGCUUGGCCGUGGCAGACCUCCUCGUGGGACUAUUGGCCAUUCCGUCUGCGGUUCUGACCCGGGCCGGGCUGCCGCGGGAUUCGCCCAUACUAUGUGUGGCGAUGCUGUCGUUUCUCGUGGUUCUCUGUACUGUGUCCAUCCUUCAUCUGGUCGCCGUGUCGGUGGAUCGGUACUGGGCCAUCCUGUACCCUUUGGCGUACCAGAGGCUCGCUUCGGAGGGCGUAGUGUUCGGUGUCGUACUGGGAUGUUGGGUGUGCGGGUUCGCGCUCGGCUUCCUGCCUCUGAUGGGCUGGCACGACGCCGCGGCCGCAUCCAGUGGGGCCUGCCUGUUCCUGCCCGUCAUGAAGUACGGGUUCCUGGUGUUUCUCUACUUCGCCACCAUUGUGUACCCGGCACUGCUCAUCGCCUUCUUCUACGUGAGAAUUUUCAUCGUGGUGCGCAAGCAGCAUUCCAUCUACGUGAAUGACGUCACUCUCUGGUGCAUGACCGGGAGCCCAGGAGAACAAGAGUCCGUUCUCCAGAGUGGCCUCGAUGUAAUCAACGCCUACGUGACAAGUAUCCGACUCACCUGCUCUCCGGAAAAAACAGAGUUCACCGUCGUCGUCAACGACAACACCAAACGAGCCGGUGUGUACAGGAACCUCAUCAAGCUCCGUCUAGGUCAGGACCCUGUACCUCGCCGUCCCCACAUUAAGGUUCUCGACUUCAUCCUCCAGCAGGACGGUCGCAGCACAGUAUAA